AUGUCUUCCACAAACGAGCCAUUCUAUAUUCGCUACUACUCUGGCCAUCAAGGUCGUUUCGGGCACGAAUUCUUGGAAUUCGAUUUCCGCGUGGUCGGAGAUGGUCGCAGUGCCACAGCCCGCUAUGCAAACAACUCGAACUACAGGAAUGAUAGCCUCAUUCGCAAAGAAAUGUUUGUGAGCUCACUAGUUGUCGAUGAGAUCAAGCGCAUUGUCAAGUCGAGCGAAAUUAUGAAGGAAGAUGACGGAAAGUGGCCUACCAAGAACAAGGACGGAAGGCAAGAGCUGGAGAUUCGGCUUGGAAACGAUCACAUUUCCUUCGAGACCGCCAAAAUUGGCUCGAUCAACGACGUAACGGAUUCUGCCGACCCAGAAGGCUUGCGAGUAUUUUACUACCUCGUGCAAGAUCUCAAGGCCCUCGUCUUCAGUCUCAUCGCCCUUCACUUCAAGAUUAAACCAAUCUGA